GAUUCCAUAUCUAUCACUUGAGCACUAGAGGGCCACUCUCCUUCCUUUUUCACUCUUCCAAAUAACUCAUCAAUAUGGCCACAGAAGUUUCAAGAAAUGAUCCUACUAAUAUUACUAUUCCAACUCAUACAAAAGCUUGGUUCUACUCUGAACAUGGAAAGGCUUCAGAUAUUCUAAAGUUACAUCCAAAUUGGUCCAUACCUCAACUCAAAGAUGAUCAAGUCCUCAUCAAGGUUGUUGCUGCUUCCCUUAAUCCUGUGGAUUACAAGAGGAUGCAUGCCUUGUUCAAGGAGACUGAUCCUCAUCUACCUAUUGUACCAGGCUUUGAUGUUGCUGGCAUAGUAAUCAAAGUGGGAAGUGAAGUGGUGAAAUUUAAGGUUGGUGAUGAAAUAUAUGGUGACAUCAAUGAGGAAGGACUUUCAAACCUAAAGAUUCUUGGCACUUUGUCUGAGUAUACAAUAGCUGAAGAGAGAUUAUUGGCUCAUAAGCCAAAAAAUCUAAGUUUCAUUGAAGCUGCUAGCAUUCCUUUAGCUAUGGAGACAGCUUAUGAAGGACUUGAGAGAGCUCAGCUUUCUGCUGGCAAAUCUAUCCUUGUCUUGGGAGGUGCUGGUGGAGUUGGAAGCUUUGCUAUUCAGCUUGCCAAACAUGUUUAUGGUGCAUCUAAAAUAGCAGCAACUUCUAGCACUGGAAAAAUCGAGUUUUUGAGGAAGUUGGGAGUUGACUUGCCAAUUGAUUAUACAAAGGAGAACUUUGAAGAUCUCCCAGAAAAGUUUGAUGUAGUGUAUGAUGGAGUAGGGGAAGUUGAUAGGGCUAUGAAGGCAAUUAAGGAAGGUGGCAAAGUAGUGACAAUAGUACCUCCUGGAUUUCCACCAGCUAUUUUCUUUGUGCUCACUUCUAAAGGAUCUAUCUUAGAGAAGUUGAGACCUUACUUUGAAAGUGGUCAACUGAAGCCAAUUCUUGACUCCAAGACUCCUGUGCCAUUUUCUGAGGUCAUUGAAGCUUAUUCCUACUUAGAAACCUCAAGAGCUACUGGAAAAGUAGUCAUUUAUCCCAUUCCUUGAAAUCCAUGGCCUAGUAUUUAUCUAGUGAGAAAAGUGAUAGCAACAAUCACUUUAACACUGUUUUUCAACAUUUUCUCUUAUCGAGAAAAAAUUAUGUAUAUCUCACCGGUUAAUGCGAGACUUAAAAUAGUUUGAAUUACAUAAAUUUCACUCAAUAAAAAAGAUGUUAGAGUGAAUAAAAAAGAUGUUAGAGUGAAUGUUGUCAGGACACACCGUUAUCUAUUGAUGGACACACCGUUAAAAUUAAUUAGGUUGAAAGAAGACAUUCUAAGAA